UCCGAUUUGGCAUAUCAUCUUCCGGUCGUUGGACCCACGCUAUCUAAAUUUUUCAAAACCAUUUAUUUUAUCGAGAAUUUUCAUUUUAUGGCAUUCUGUAUAGUUUAAGUAUCAAAAAUGGUUACAAUAGAAGUACUGUACAAAGAUUUUGGGGUUCUUGCAGAUGCUAAAGACAAAGCUGGCCAGCAUGAAAAGGAGUACCUGUCCAUUCUUAGUGCUACAAAAGGGGGACCUGGGGAAAAGAGAUUGGCAUCACAGUUCAUCACUCGCUUCUUCAAGUACUUUCCAAAUCAUGCAGGGACAGCCAUUAAUGCUAUGUUUGAUUUGUGUGAAGAUGAUGAUGCAAUGACACGUAAACAAGCCAUUAAAGACUUGCCGACUUUGUGUAAGUCAGCCCCUGACCAGGUCUCAAAGAUUGCCUCUGCCCUGACACAGCUGAUGGGGACAGAUGAUGCUACAGAGAACAGUCUUAUACAAAGCUCAUUUAUAUCACUCUUCAAAUUUGAUUCUAAAGGUGCAUUAGAGGGAAUCUUUGGUCAGAUUUUGGGAGAUGAUGAAACUGUACGAGAGAAAGCAAUCAAAUUUUUGGGAGCUAAGAUCCGAACUCUACCAGAGGACACAUUUGACAGCCAUUCUGAAGAAUUACUCAUCAACAUGUGCAAGAAAGUGCUACAAGAUGUUACUAAAGAUGAGUUUAUUGCUAUAAUGGAGAUCCUGAAAUGUCAGAAAACCAUGACAACAGUCCAAGGGAGGCAACAGCUGGUAGACAUUGUGACAGAACAAGCAGAAUUGGACCAACCUUUUGAGGCAACAGACCCAGAUUGUGUAGACAGACUUACCCAGUGUAUCAAGCAUGCUGUUCCACUUUUCUCU